AUGCAGCUCUGCAUGCACAGCCCUGCUCUGUGUACACACCAUGCAGCUCUGCAUGCACACCAUGCAGCUCUGCGUGCACACCAUGCAGCUCUGCGUGCACACCAUGCAGCUCUGCGUGCACACCAUGCAGCUCUGCGUGCACACCAUGCAGCUCUGCGUGCACACCAUGCAGCUCUGCGUGCACACCAUGCAGCUCUGCGUGCACACCAUGCAGCUCUGCGUGCACACCAUGCAGCUCUGCGUGCACACCAUGCAGCUCUGCGUGCACACCAUGCAGCUCUGCGUGCACACCAUGCAGCUCUGCGUGCACACCAUGCAGCUCUGCGUGCACACCAUGCAGCUCUGCGUGCACACCAUGCAGCUCUGCGUGCACACCAUGCAGCUCUGCGUGCACACCAUGCAGCUCUGCGUGCACACCAUGCAGCUCUGCGUGCACACCAUGCAGCUCUGCGUGCACACCAUGCAGCUCUGCGUGCACACCAUGCAGCUCUGCGUGCACACCAUGCAGCUCUGCGUGCACACCAUGCAGCUCUGCGUGCACACCAUGCAGCUCUGCGUGCACACCAUGCAGCUCUGCGUGCACACCAUGCAGCUCUGCGUGCACACCAUGCAGCUCUGCGUGCACACCAUGCAGCUCUGCGUGCACACCAUGCAGCUCUGCGUGCACACCAUGCAGCUCUGCGUGCACACCAUGCAGCUCUGCGUGCACACCAUGCAGCUCUGCGUGCACACCAUGCAGCUCUGCGUGCACACCAUGCAGCUCUGCGUGCACACCAUGCAGCUCUGCGCAUUCACACCUGUUUUCGAAUACUUUUUCUGUAA